CACGCGCAUCCCUGCAGCAACCCUUUUGCUUUCCAGGACCAGCUGUUCGGUGGCGGAGGCACCGGGCAGGGGCUCAGGCAGCGGAGGCCCCAGUGGCUCACUUGCGCUGCUCCCAGCGGCCCUGCUCAGAGCCCCGCUCCGCACUGGUCCUGAGAGUGAGGCCCAGGCACCCCGCGUUGCUGCCUGCCUCGCCAGUGAUUUCUGUUCUCUUCACCUCCUCCUCCUCCCAGGAAGACGGCGCGCUCACGACUCUGGACUCUCGCUGGUGCCCCUGCUUCCUCCCCGGGAUGGGCAGCUCCGAAGGCUUCAGUUCAGGCCUGGCCCUGCUCCAGGUGCAGGAAGGAGGGUAAGGAGGGCCGCGAGGCGGGCGCCCCCGCACCUGUCGCAUGGGCCUUCCUGACGCCUCCAAGCAUGAGCGGUGAUGUCCUCUAGCCACCCCUGGUGACAGCAGCUGACCGACUGGGACUGGGACUUUCUCCACGACAAGGGGACGGCACUGCAGUCCGCGAUGACUGUCCAGAAAGUGGUGGCCACGGCCGUGCUGGUGGCCCUCGUCUCUCUCAUUCUCAACAACGCGGCGGCCUUCACCCCCAACUGGGUGUACCAGACGCUGGAGGAUGGGCGCAGGCGGAGCGUGGGGCUGUGGCAGUCCUGCUGGCUGGACAGGGCCAGGGGAGGGCCGAGCCCGGGGGCCAGGCCCGGGCAGGCGGACGUGCGGGACUGUGAGGCCCUGGGCUGGGGCUCCGAGGCGGCGGGCUUCCAGGAGUCGCGAGGCACCGUCAAACUGCAGUUCGACAUGAUGCGAGCCUGCAACCUGGUGGCCACGGCGGCACUUGCCGCGGGCCAGCUCACCUUCGUCCUGGGGCUGACGGGCCUGCCCCUGAUGUCGCCCGAUUCCCAGUGCUGGGAGGAGGCCAUGGCCGCUGCGUUCCAGCUGGCAAGUUUUGUUCUGGUCAUCGGGCUGGUGACGUUCUACAGAAUCGGCCCGUACACCAACCUGUCCUGGUCUUGCUACCUGAACAUCGGGGCCUGCCUGCUGGCCACCCUGGCCGCGGCCAUGCUCAUCUGGAACGUCCUGCACAGGAGGGAGGACUGCAUGGCCCCCCGCGUCAUCGUCAUCAGCCGCUCCCUGACCGCACGCUUCCGCCGCGGGCUGGACAACGACUACGUGGAGUCGCCGUGCUGAGGGCGGCGGGAGGCCGCUCGGGGCUCCGUCCACCGCAGGGACCGUCUGGGAAGCAGGGUGCUGCCUGCGCGGCUUCCCAUGAGAGCACAUGUACGACACACAUUCACUACGUUAUACACGAACACAGGGCGUGACCACAUACCGGCUGCGUCCCACCCCCACCCCCCCAACCCCGCCACGGCCUGCUUCACGCUCGCGCAUGUCCUGUCCUGGAGACCAGCUCCGGAGAGGCACGUCCGGGAUGGCAGCAGCCUCGCUCUCCGCCCUGGCCCGGGAAUAAUUUAUUCUGUAUCUGCCAAGAGGGGCGUCCUGGGUCAUAUUUACUUUGAUAAAGCAGAACACAGGGAAGAGUUCUGAACUGUCCGUGAUCUUCCUCCAGGGACUCAGAAUUUACAGUCAGAUGGUUAUGGUUUUACAACAGUAUUGUGUUAGUGAUGUCCAUUUACUCCAGAUUAUCUUCCUAAGUUAAAA